GCAGCUCAAAUCCUCAGCAUCAUCGAGAGCUAUGGUGUCCAUUUCGAAAGGGGAAUUGGGUCCUGGGACGCCUUUGACAAAUUCCUCCCAGUGGUGGCAAAGCAGGUUGAGCGUAAUGAGCGUGUUCGCCUCCUUCUUCCAGGCUUCCCAUUCAAGUCACCGAAUUCUAAAGACCUGGUACUUGGUACCAUGCCGGAUCUAGGCGAAGAGCUUGCCCUCGCUCAUCUGAAUGGCCUUUGCGAAAAUAUCUCAACCGUCUAUGGACAAGGAGCUGAAGUUCAAAUCUGCUCAGAUGGCGUCGUAUACAACGAUCUUGUAGGCGUUCCCGAUGAAACUGUCUGGGAUUAUGGCGAAGCACUGAGAGAAGUCGCUGUGAGAAACGGUCUGCACAACAUUACGUUUAUUCGACUUUCGGACUUGCUGGAUCAUCCCGGGCAUCACUACGAUGGCAGGGAAAGCGCGAAAGCCUAUUAUGCUCAGCAUGUCCCUCGCAUUCGCAGAGAACUGGUCUACCGUUACGGGGACCCGGAUUUCGACGUUGAACUUGCUAUCAAGUCCGAUAAAGACGUGGCGUUAACGUAUUCGACCUGUGACGCAGUCUUGACAAAGGACCUUGCUGGAAAUGAUCGGAAUCAAUCAAUGUUCCCCGAAGCCGUUGCACAAAGCAUGCUUAUUCGCGGGAAGGCGCAUGGUACCGCCCUACAGGCCAAUCGCAGGGAUUUCAUUCGCCUAUCUAUUCACGACUCCGUCGGCAAGGGAAAGCUUUCAGUUUCUUUAAUACCUCAUGAAAGAGGCUCCAUUGGAUUGAUGCCAUGGCGCUCCUCCGUUGCAAUCGAUGCCGAUGGUUCUUAUCGCACUGUCUACCCAGACGAUGUGCGAGACACCCACGAUCUUAUUCGCAAGAAUGGCCAACCGUACUUCUUCCGCAUCAAGUCAGACCUUUUCGAUUGGAGCAGCUCUGGUCUCGCGCCGUCAAUAUCGAACAUCUUUACCCUUGCGGUCUGA